CGGGAGCAGCUGCGCUGCAGCGGCUGCGUCAGGCCGCGCUGCACGCGCCUCCGCAGACGCGCGCUCCUUCCGUCUGCUCAUCAUGUCUGCGGGGCCGCAGCAGCAGCAGCAGUCGGCGCUGUGAGGCGGAUCCGUGGAUGCGGAGCAGCUCAGGAUGAUGUCGUCUUUCUACCACCCCGGGAAGGAGGCGGACAUGGCGGCCAUGGCGGAGCCGCUGUGCCUGGAGAGAGAUGUGUGCAGAGUGAUCGAACUGUUGGACCGACUCCAGAGGACCGGUGAGCUCCCCCCUCCCAAACUCCAAGCCCUGCAGAGAGUCCUGCAGAGCAAAUUCUGCGCCGCCAUCAGAGAGGUGUACGAGCAGCUCUACGACACUCUGGACAUUGUCGGGGGACCAGAAGUCCGAGCUCAAGCCACGGCAAAGGCCACUGUGGCGGCGUUUGCAGCCAGCGAGGGUCACGCCCACCCCAGAGUGGUGGAACUGCCAAAGACAGAUGAAGGGCUGGGCUUUAACAUCAUGGGAGGAAAAGAGCAGAACUCCCCCAUUUACAUCUCCAGAGUCAUACCUGGAGGGGUGGCCGAUCGCCAGGGGGGGCUGAAGAGAGGAGACCAGCUGCUGUCUGUCAAUGGAGUGAGCGUGGAGGGGGAGCAGCACGAGAAGGCCGUGGAGCUGCUCAAAGCUGCUCAGGGGUCGGUCAAGCUGGUUGUCCGCUACACCCCGAAGGUUCUGGAGGAGAUGGAGGCUCGCUUUGAGAAGAUGAGGAGCGCCCGGAGACGUCAGCAGCACACCAGCUACUCGUCUCUGGAGUCCAGAGGCUAAUCCAUCUCCACCCUCCUGUUUCUGCCUCCAGAAGGUGGGAAAGAACAGAAAACCGUCUCCACCCAAACAGUUCAGGAUCUCUCCCUCCUUCCUUCCUGCUCCUCAGAAAGUGCUGUCAGAUGAUUCCUGUAAAAUUACCUGGACAUUGUGACGUUGUCAGCAUCUGUCAUGCUCUGGCCACACAUCUUCUUCUGUGCGUGUGGCUCAGCUGUGUGUUUGUUUGUUUCUCAGCAGAGGAGCGAAGCCUUCAGCCUUUAUCACUCCAACACCAACCUGAGCUAGAGGGCUAAUAGUUCAAGAGCUACAGUUACCUCAACAGUUACCUUUGAGAUGGUUUUGUAUUUAUUCCUGUAAUCAUGUGUUUGCAUAACUCUCCAUAAAAUAAACGUUCAUUUCAAAUCUUCUGCGUCA